AUGGGGAAAAUCUUCUUCUUUGAGGACAGGAACUUCAAGGGUCGCUACUAUGAAUGCAGCAGUGACUGUCCUGAGCUCAGCUCCCACUUCCAGCGCUGCAACUCCAUCCGGGUGGAGAGCGGCGCCUGGGUCGUCUAUGAGAGACCCCAGUACAUGGGCUACCAGUACAUCCUCAUGAGAGGGGAGUACCCCAGCUACCAGAGCUGGAAUGGCUUCAACGACACCAUCCGCUCCUGUCGGAUCAUCACACAUCUCUCCGACAUGUCUAGGAUGCGCAUCUAUGAACGUCCAGACUUCAAAGGCCAGAUGCUGGACUUCAGCGACGACAUGCCCAACCUGAUGGACCGCUGGCGUUACCGUGACGUUCACUCGGCUCACGUCCAGGAUGGCGCCUGGGUUUUCUAUGAGCAUCCAAACUACAGGGGACGCCAGUACCUGCUGGAGAAGGGCGAGUACAGACGGCACGCAGAGUGGGGGGCCCUUCACCCGUCUGUGGGCUCCAUUAGACGUGUUCUGGACACCUAAAGCGUAUCACUUCCUGUUUUUCA